ACGAUGAGGGGGCUGGACGCAGGCAGAAUUAGGGGCCGAGCACAGAUCACCAAGCCACACCUUCUGAAGCUCUGCACUGCGUCAUCGCAUCACCCAUCAUCCCAAGAUGACUGAAGCGGUUCAGCUGAAUGCUAUCGCAUGUGAGAACUGCAGAUCGAAGAAGUGCAAAUGUGACCGGAAGAUCCCAAUAUGCACUCAAUGUCGAACUUCGUCGCUACCAUGCCAUUACCAAGAGGGCGGCAAGAGAGGGCUUCCGGCUGCAUAUAUUACUGCUCUUGAGAAACGGCUUGCGGAUACCGAGGCUGCACUCUCCGCUUCUCUCAUCGCGCUCCAAACUCAGAACGCAACACGAUUGACGGACGGUCACUUGUCGGGCGCAAUAUCGCAAGCUUCCCAGCCUCAACGCUCAAAGGCUGAAAAGCUCGAAGAGUGGAAGCGCUUGCCUCUACAAACAGACGAACAAUUGGAAGCAUGGCUUCAAGCACGGCAUCCUGACAGUGCAGCUCAAGCGGCAUCUCAAUCAAAAUCUAGCGAAUCCAUUCUUACCUACCAAAGUCAUGAUACGCUCAAGGCACCGGAAACACGACCCGAUAAUAACGCGCAUCCAUUUCCCAAAGCCCACGGAACCACAGCGACCUCAGCGUCACCCAUCGAGCAACUACGAGACUGCAGCAAACCGACAAUGCCGAACGUACCGCGAGACUCCUCUACACAAUGGCGAGAGAACUACUUCUGAACAUCAACUGGAAAAUGUUCUGCACAGGUUUAUACUGAAACAAAAGGGUCGAGCGGUCUAUCGGUUCGUCGUUAUACGAGUCGAACGCAGAACAUAUCGUAUUGUUGCCAAUCGGUAGCAGCCCCGCUUGCUGCUUGGUGUCCAUAUACGGAGAAAGAACAACCGGAAGUCGUCAAGGAGAUUGUUUGUGCAUGAAGUGAGAAGAACCUAGCAUUGGCAACACGAUGCCGUAAACGCUUUGCGUUAGUGCUGAU